GCAUAUUCUUGUUAUCAACUAUCUGAGCACCAGACAUGUGCAAGCUGAUGCUCUCGUCAGCUCCCAAAUCAUGCUGUCUCUCCUCGUGGCGCUUGGCUCACUCCAGCUUUUGCAAACGCCUCGUUUUCUCUCUAUCUCUCUCUGGCUCGCGCAAAUACCUAGUACUACUAGCAGUAAACAGCUCUACACUCACGCCCCCUUCCUCUCCUCCUUGUCUCUCUUCCAUGUCUUGUGCGUUUUUGCGUCUCUCAUCCCAUCUCUCAUGUUGUACGACCCCACGCCUGCAGGCAGCUUGACUCAGACAAAAAAGACCCCUACAAGGCUUUCGGCGAAACAUUGUUUAGCGGCCUCUCUCCUGGACCCCGAAUCUUUGAUAUUGCAUUCCAGCCAAGAAAACGACGGUUACUUAGUGCUAGCGGCACUACUACUAUUAGAAGCAGGUAUCUAUAGCCUAAUUUUCUAGGAGAUCGUCGCCACGUUUUUUUCCCUCUCCCUUGUUCAGGAGAAGAGACAGCAAAGGCGUUCAUCGGCAUCCAUUUGCGUCCUAUUUUUGGGGCCCUGGCAAUGUCUGGGAAAACCCAAGGAGAUAUUCUAAAUUUGGAACUG